AUGCUUGUUGCAUUCGGGGAUGCAGAAGAUGAGGAUAUGAAGCCUGGGACCUGGAGUUGGGGUACUUGUACCUUGUACCAGAUACGACGUUUACGCAGAGCAGGUGGUGACGAUGUCGACUUUGGCAGCUCUCGUACCGCCAAACUACGUCUUCUUCUCUGCAUUACCGCCACGAGGCUGCACACAUCUACCGCGCGUCACCACCCACAUCGCAGCCAGAACGGAGCUUUGUUGGCAAGGGCCUCAUCGUACUUGCAUACGUAUCAUAGGGACGACCAGGCCCAGUCUGUCGCAAGGCCAGCACUGCUCGAGACGAACUGGCUCUGUGGGCACCGCGUAGUCAUCAUUCGCACGAUCGGCCCGCUUCAGCAAAACCCUGACUUUGCCUGUUGCCAGAUCCCUGCGCAGUGGGACCCCGCGAAUUGCACAGUCUUGGUUAGUGUGCGACAAGCAGCACUCAUGAAGCCAUUCAUCUGA